AUGGACAAAGGAGACCUAAAGGACGAGCUGGAGGCGUGCAGCGAGAAGCCCAUUACAACCUCCCACUUCUCCAUCUCGCACAGAGGUGCUCCUCUCAUGUUUCCAGAGCACAGCAAGGAAGGAUACAUGGCCGCUGCAAGAAUGGGAGCGGGCAUCAUCGAGUGCGAUGUGUCCUUCACCAGCGAUCGCGAGCUCGUCUGCCGCCACUCCAACUGCGACCUGCACUACACCACCAACAUCCUCGCGAAGCCCGACCUGGCAGCCAAGUGCACAAAACCCUUCACUCCCUACGAUCCCGAAACAGGCGAGGAAGCCAGCGCCGAAUGCUGCACCUCCGACAUCACGCUCUCCGAGUUCAAGUCCCUCUGCGCAGAGAUGGAAGCAACGACCUUCAACGCUCUCAACACGAGCGAGUACAUGGGCCGUACCGGCAGCACUCCGGACUGGAGGACAAACAUGUACGCAUACUCCUGCGCAGAGACCAUGGCCUUGAAAGAGUACAUCCCGCUCGUCGACUCCAUGGGCCUCGACUUCACAGCCGAAGCCAAGGAGCCCGAGGUCAAGAUGCCGUUCCAAGGGGAUUACACACAGAAUGAGUUCGUGCAGCAGAUCGUCGAUACGUUCAAAGAUGCCGACAUUCCUGCAUCGCGAGUCUGGCUGCAGAGCUUCUUGCCCAGAGAUAUCUACUACUGGCUUGAGAACGACCCAGCAUUCGGAGCGCAGGCGGUGUACCUGGACGAGCGCGGAGACUUGAGCGAUGAAGGGUAUGAGAGGGCAGUAGCGUCGCUGCCUAGGCUGGCCGAGAAGGGCGUGAGGAUCGUCGCGCCUGAUCUCUGGCAGCUUGUCGCCGCGGACAAUGCGACGGGGAAGAUUGUGCCUUCGUCGUAUGCCACGGCGGCCAAAGAGGCGGGAUUGGAUAUCAUCACCUGGUCGUUCGAGCGCUCGGGGCCGCUGGAGAGCGGUGGUGGCAGCUACUACACUGGGAUCAACAAUUUGAUCAACAAUGACGGCGACGAAUACACCGUCAUCGACGUGAUUGCUCGACAAGUCGGCGCCAUUGGGAUCUUCAGCGACUGGGCGGCAACCAUUACGUACUACGCCAAUUGCUUCGACCUCUGA